CUUCAGUCGAAAUCCACCAUAAACAGAGCAAAGCGUUAAAACCGAUUUGCUGGUAGACAAUAGCGAGUAUAUUUGAGAACAAUAGGCAGAUUUAGGUGUCGCCUGGUCGCCUGUUGGCCUAACUGCAAUCAUGAUUAUUGCAUGUCCGAGGGGUCACUUGAGUUCAGAAAGUGUUGACGUACCUUCAUUGGUGUGACGCUGCUUGUGGUCAGGAGAUUUAGAGUUUGGAAGAAGGGACACCAAUCGUGAAAAUAGAGUUCUGUCUAUUGGAAUCAUACUUGAAAUGGAACUGCUGUGUUAGUUGUGGUCGUUCGGGAUAUUUGUACAGUGAAGGUGAAAAAUGAUUCUUUAACGCACUUCAUACUCGGGGAACACUGUCAAUGUCUUCCACGGAAUAGUUCACACUGGUUUAAAUUUUGAUAGUAUUUACAACAGAGAUUUAAUCAAGGAUAACGAGCUGUCAACAGACCUCUUUUAGGACAGGUCUUGAAGCCACCAUUGUGAAAACGCGCCGCGAUCAGAAGAGACCCUAAUACGUAAGUCAUUAACUUUGUGUUGGAGGACAGGGAACGUGUGGAGACAGAUUCAAAAUGGCACGCAGACAGUCUAUCAUGCAGAAUGACCUGAUGGGGUUACCUAGUCCCCACCCAGGGGAUGACAGGAGGAAGAGCUUGUUCCCCAUCCUCCCUAACCACAGACGCAGCAGCGUGGCGGGGGGCGUCGCUGGAUUCCUGGCGGCUAAGAGGUUCAAGAAGACUACGCUAAAGACAGAAUGUUCCCCUAACCAGAUCCAGGUCAACUAUGAGCCGACCUACAGAAUGGACCCCAAGGUCAAGUUCACCGUCGUCACUGUUCACAAAAUGUUGAAGGAGAUACUGGAUGAGAGGUUGGAUGGGUUCAAAUACAACCCCAAGUUCUGCGUGACUAUGACUCAGGUGCUGACUGACGAAAUCAAGGACCGCAUAAAACAGAUGAGCUGGGACCGAUACAAGCUUGUGGUGUUGGUCAUCCUGGGGGAGAGGAAAGACCAGGAUGUCAUGGUCACAAGCAGGUGCGCCUGGGACCCCAAGGUUGACAGCUACGCCUCCUACACUUUCACCAACAAGACCCUGUUCUGUACAGCCUCCGCCUUCGGUAUCUACACGGAAUAGAGUACACAUAAACUGCUGAUGUCAUCUGUUUGUGGGCAGUAGGAGAACUACGACAUUCUUCUCUGCCAUUAUUCAUCGCCGAGGAUAUCACGAUACUAUGUGUAAUCGGGUUGAAGAAAAGAGAACAAAUAUGUUAAUGUGCAAGUGUCUGAGGGAAACUGGACUCGUGUCUGAACAUAUCUUCGGUACUGUAUGGACAGUAAGGACAGUGAUAUAUUACCAGUUAAUGGUGUAUGCUCGACUUACAUACACUGGAAGCAAUGUACAGCGGCACAAGAUACUAUAUAUCCGGGUACAUUUCAACAUAUUACGUAUCUGGUUGCCUGGGUAUGCCCAUCCGUAUUCUGUAUACAAUAUGGCCAUAUAAUAGAGGAAUAGGUGCGCAUGUAUGUGAUUUGCAUUGGUUUGAGGUGGAGAUAGGGGUGUUUUUCAGAACAAUCUAUUUCUCCCUAGUUGUACCCAACAAACUAUUGAUUAACUUGGCAAAAGGAAUGGCUUUGGGUAAUUUCCACAAAAUAAACUAUUCAUGUUUUUUUUUACCUUUGCCGACAAAACUAUUCAUUGGGACAUAUUUCUGAACAAACUAUUCAUUUGAAUAAUCUACACCCCACCCUCUUGAAAUCGGAUACUCCCGAAAAGCAUGUAGCCUGCAUGGAUAUAUCUAUUAUUUGUAUUAUGUAUUAUGUAUAUAGUAUAUAGUCUAUAGUAUGGUAUAUAAGUACUGCCAGCUCAGCAAAUUUGCAGCCAUUCGCAGCUGACAAGAGGAAAAUCUGUAUUAUACUACUCAGAAGUACUAAGUUAACUGCUGUGAAAUCUUUCAUAUUACUGUAGUUACUGCCAAGCCAUAACAGAUCAACUAUCGUAAUAUGAAGACUCGGGUGGCCCUUAGUUUAGUUAGUAGUAUCCUCAUACAUAACGCUAUACGGAUAACUCCAUUACGUGUACAUAGCAUGCAUUAAUACAGACGAGGUAUUAAGAGUAUCUUUGAAAUGUAAACAUUAAAAUAAGGUCAAAUAACAUGAAUUCUAGCCACAACUAGAUCGCGUGUGUUGAUGACAUGUUACAUAAAACA